AUGUAUACCGUUCUUACAACAUCGUUCCACCGCAUCCCUACGGACUUCAAUCCUCAUUUGUGUGUACACAGGUNNCCGAAUGUUUGGCGACGGCUCGGUAAUGUGUCCACUGAUCUACUCGCCCUCGAGGUCCAUCGAGAAGCAGCCAUCACAAACGUGCCCUUUUUUCUUGCCGAGUGUCGUAGAAGAAUGUUCGCCGCUGCAUACCAUUGGGACAAAUUCCUCGCCACGCUCUUUGAUCGUCCGCCCCGGAUCCUCAGCUGCUUUGCUGAUUGUCGUCUGCCGUUCGAAGCCACUGAUGACCAGCUCUGUCUCACUGGGAUCAGCGACGAAGAGCAGGCUUUGUUUGAACGCGCCGGUGGAUGGUCCACUGGAAAUCCUUUCUGCAGUACCACAUGGACCCGAGCGCUCUAUAUACUCGCGCAGUUCAAAGAAGAGGCGCUCUUGCAUCACCUUAAACCUCUUGAUCACGAGACAAGAUCAAAACUAGAGUCAGUACAGCUCUGUCAUUUCGACACUCAAGAAUCAUCCAAAGUGGAGACGAAACAUGUCGUUCUAAUANACAGUCACAGAAACUUAGCAGGCCGAUGCAAGCACACAUGGGAUAACUUCCCAAAACGUCUUCAUUACGAAUCUGCAUGUUGGAAGUCCGAUUUCACGCUCAUGACAUCUCUGAGAUUGGCUGAAGUCUAUCUCACCUAUCUACAGACACGGUUCCACAUCCAUCGCUUGCUAGAGAAAGGCGACACGCGCUGCUCACCGGAGCUGGUCCAGAUUUGCUCCAGUAUUAUAGAGACGACUGUUGAGAUUGGCAGCUUUCGUAAUCAAGCUGUAUAUCAACUGCACCGCAUGUUCAGGGCAAGCACUGUUUUAUGUUAUGGUUUACCCAGUGCAGUAACCCUCAUCAACGCGCUAAAGUCUGCAAGGGGAAACAUGAGCCGCUUGCAAUUCGCGGACUUGGUUCGUAUCAUAUCAAUACGACGUCUCUCGGUGUUUGUAACUCUACUGGAAAGUGUCUACAGACCGGAAGAUGCGAAUUACACGCUCUGUAUGAAAGCAUCAAAGCUUAUCUCGUCUGCAUUGGAUGAAGUGCUGGAAUACCUGCUGUCAGUUUUCGCCAAUGACACACAGCAACCGGCGCCUUCAGUGGCAAGCAACUCCACGGCUGAAGUUCAGGAUCCAACCUCGAAUAACGAUGUGGCAGCGUUCUGGCUUGCAGGAAACACUCUGGGUGAUUUGAUAGAUUGGGAUGCAGCCAAUCUAAUGCACAUGAACAACUGGAUGGGAGGCAUUGACUGGACAAAUGUGAGCGGGGCGGUAUAA